AUGGCACAGCUAGGAAAGGAUCUGUUGCCAAAAUUGGACACAAACAGUCGGCAGCAGUUUCUACGUUGUUUGAAUGCGAUUACUGACAAAAGAGAUGUCGUAAGUGCAGCGAAAUGCCUGAUUGAAGCAAAAGAAAACUAUGAGGAAAAGAAAACUCAAGGAUCUUUUGCGGCAGAACCAUUUACUGUAACAAAAGAAAAUCAUGAGAGGGAAGAUGCAAAAAGUUUCGCUGUAGCAGGAAAAAGAAUACGACCUCUCGCUUCCAAGAAACUACUAUUUUCGAAGAGGAUAACAUUCUCAAGUGCCAAUGGUCUGCCAAAUUUUUUAAUUCUAUCAAGGAAUAAUGGUAAACGAGAGUACAAAAACUUGCUGCGAAAAAAGUACAAGAAACGUCUAGAAAAUGCCGAGGAGCAUUUGCGACGAUACCGAACACGACGUGCGAAAAGAAGUCCACAUCGUCUUGUGAUAGAUGAGAUCAGCAAAAGUGAUACAAAUGGAUUUCAGGCAAGUUCAUUCUGCCCUGACAAUGUCUAG